GGAAAUCAAACGUUGUGAUCAUGUGCUUCGUGACUUUUCUCAGUACUCUGAUGUUGCCCUUGAUUGGAAUGCAGGUCCAACAAGCGUCUGGUUGUACCUUUACUCCACACCAGGGAGAUUUUGUUGCAAGCGUCAAGUAUGAAAUGCUGAAAAAGAGUGAACCGGAAUGCCUUCAAGUGUGCUACGAAGAGCCUGACUGCACCUUUGCCCAUUUCGUCCAGCUCAUCACGGGUGUGUGCACUAUUUACAAGAAUGGUUCUGAAACUCAAAACGUAACCGGAGUGGUGUACAGCAUUGAUCGCCAACUUGUGAUUCCAAACUGUCAGCAGCCUCUUCCGGUUGCAUCAAAAGUCGAAAAUCCUCAAAAUAUCUCCGAACUAGUGAUAAAUCAGAACGAAGCUGAACUUGAUGGAGUGUUUGACCAAAACGUGACUACUAUCUAUAAAUUCUGUUAUGCUAGAAGGGACUUCUUCUCAGAAAACGCUUCGCUGUUUGCGGAUGAAACGGAACCACGUUACAAGUUCCUCUUCGCUAGAGAACCUCAGCCAGGCUGUUCAUCACUUCCUGUAUUCACAACUGCA